AUGUCGACCAAGCUCUACGUCCUCAUCAGCUGGCCCGAUGGCAGCAGGGUGAUCAACAUUGAGAACAUCAAGGAGCCCCGCAAGCCUUUCCAUCUCUAUACAGUGGGGGAGCAAGUGCUGGCCCGCUGCCCUGGCUUCAGUGGGCUCUACUGGGGCAUGGUGGAAGGCAUAAGUGAGCAUAAAGAUAUUUUGGAGAAGAAGCUGCUGGAAGAUAGACAGCUCCUGGAGAAGCUGAAAGAAGAACCAGCCAUUCACAGCAUGAUGCCACCCCAGCCAAAGAAAUCCAGGAAAACCUUCCCAAAAUGGACCCCAGGGAAUGCACCCAGGAAAUACCACAGUGAUAGGACUUACCCUGCAAAGCCCCUGCUGAGGAUGUCCGAGACCAGCCUGCCCCAUGAUGCUGACAGCUCCUCCAUCCUCAAGGAGAGACGUGCCCUGGGCAAUGCAGCAUCAAGGUCCCACUCAAUGGCAGGAUCCCACCACCCAGCCAGUGCCUUUGCACCUCCAUCCACGUUUGUCUCCAUGGCCAUGCCAGGGACUUCCCAGGGUGAAGAGGAUGGGGCUGGUCCAGCUGCUAGAGAUUAUGUUGCCCUGCCGAUGAAGAGGAGGUCAGAUGGCACCUUGUCCCAGUGCCAACAACACAUCUGCCUGAACAGCUGUGAGGAGCUCAAGCUCGAUGCUUUACAAGAGACAGAUGACUUCGAGAGAGUUCAGAAGGAUUUUGGUCCUGAAGUGGAAAGGAUGGAGAAGAUAGAGCAGCUGGAGAGGAUGGUGUUGGACCUCCAACAGGACGUCCUCUCUCUGAAGAAGAAGGUGCAGAGGCUGGAAUCCCUGUCCUUCCAGGAGGAGCCCCUCCGGCAACCAUGCGAGGUGGUGGAGCUCUUCAAUGGCUACACCAAGGAACAGCUCAAAGAGACCAUCCGCUUCGACCAGAAAAUCAGCACUGCCUGCAAGACACUGCUCUACAAGCUCUUCACAUCCGACUACAUCCAGAGCCACUCCAUCACGGGCCGGAGGGGCAACACUUUCCGAGAGGCGAAGCCCAUGAUGGAUGAACGCUGCAUCAAAAUCAUCCGGGUGCUGUUGAAGCAGAAGUUUGGGGAUCACCUCAGUGACACAGUGAUCACGGAGAAGAUACAGAACGUGCAGAAAGCCCUGAGGCAGAAGUUUAAGACAGAAUGCCUCUGAUACAUGGAGGACUUGGUGCCUCUUCCUGCCAUGCUCACCCAUGUAC